CAUCUCCGUUGUGUAGCUUCGGAUACGACCCGACUUCAGCAAAUAGUCAAACUUGAAAAUCUCAGUAUCAGCGAUACCAAGCUUCCUCUAUUGAACUCAUCGAAAUUUGAAGACACAGAAUCAAGAUGGGGGACUUGCCGCAUCUGAGUGAUCAGAUCGGAAGCUUUAGCUUAUCGUCUAUUCACCCGGCUGAUCCAGCUUACACUCCGCUUCUCUAUCGACUCCGCGAAGAAACCUUCCAGAACCGGACAACUCAAGUCAGACAUGGCUCAUACCUCAGGCGUUUUACUAGAGAUACCUCUUUCGACAUAACUGCGGCUAUCAAGGAGAAGUCUGGAAUUGAUCUCAACAAUUUCAUGCAGCGAUAUGGAUUGACUGGCUGCGUUGUUGUUCAGAAUGGAGCCAUAAAACUCGAAGAGUACAGGCACGGAAACUCACAGGCGUCUCGAAACGAUGUCCAGUCAGUCACAAAAUCCUUUGUUGCAACAGCUCUCGCCAUUGCUCAGCAAGAAGGAAAACUAUCCGUCAACGACCCAGUAUCUCGCCAUGUCGAGGAGCUGAAAGGAACUGCCUGGGCAGACGUGCCGCUACUUGCUCUAUCCAGCAUGUCUUCAGGGGUAGUUGAGCAAUCAGAAGAGGAGCGACCGGCUGACGUGCCCAAUCCCAUGUAUGCCAUCGAGCUUUAUCCCCAGACUGAUCCCGAGGCAGUUCUCAACUGGCUCAAGACGUCGAGGAAUGUGGCUGAGCCUUGGGAAGAGUUUCACUACUAUAACCCAAACUAUUACGUGUUGUCGACGGCUAUCUCACGUGCAACUGGAGAGCCUCUGAAUGAAUAUAUCUCGCGCAAGAUAUGGGAUCCUGCUGGAAUGCAAUACGAUGGAUAUAUACGAACAACUGGCGCUGGACACGUGGAUGGUCACGGGGGCCUCUCAAUAACUUUGACAGACAUGGCACGCUUCGGAUGCUUCAUUCUCGAAAGUUUCGAAGACGGAGGAAGAGGUCCCAACGUUCCAUCUGGUUGGUUCCAAGACAUAUCCGAUGCCAAGAACAGUGUCGGGGCUAGGGCUCUUCAACCAGAUAACUUUGUCUCCAACUUUGGCUAUGAGAGUGGUUGGUGGACUACAGGCAGGGGUGGAAAAGAAUACAAAAUGGGUGAUGACGGUGCGUUUGCGGCGAUUGGAAUGUAUGGCCAGUCUAUCUACAUAGUUCCAAAGUUGGACGCCGUGAUCGCUAUUCAAUCUGGGUAUCCAGAGCAUGAGUUGGACUUAUUCACGAAGAACGCAGAAUUGGCAACUGCCAUACUCAAGGCACUGAGAGAGCGGUAAUGUGUUAUAAAAGUUACAAGUAAUUAAAAUUUAGAUCUUUGAAUCUUUUCACACUCUGCCCUUAAUCUAUCAUUGUCCAAGGUUCACGUUUCACAUCAGUAGCCUAUCAGAGCUGAGUAC